AUCCUUUACGCCACGUGGCUCUGAUAUUAUGAUGCGGUGCCAUUAAGAUCUGUGGAAGAGCAGCUCUGCAGUUUUCUUCCCGGCCUUCUCUCAACCAACUCCAUCUACGAUAUUCCAAGCUGGAAGCGAAAAAAAGACCGCCAUUUGGAAUUUUGGAAUCCUUUCCCACCUAUAAAACCCUAACUUCCUCCGUCUUAAAAAAAAAAAAAAAAAAAAGCUGCGCCUGGUAGAGGUUUCACGGGAAUGGAUGGAGCUGCGGCGGUCGGUGGAGUGGACGUCGACUUUGGUGGCAGGCGGAGGACGAAGGUCCGUUCUUCGUCGAAACAUCGGUUGAUGAGCUGUUUUCGGCCGUCCAGUGAUCUGAGGGACGAUUCGGGGUUGGACGGAGGGGACGCGCCGCGGAAAAUUCCGACGCAUCUCGUGGUUACGAUUAAUGGCAUCGUCGGGAGUGCCGAUAAUUGGAGAUUUGCAGCAAAACAAUUUGUGAAAAGAUAUCCUGAAGAUGUUGUUGUACAUUGCAGUGAAUGUAAUUGCGCAACAUUGACUUUUGAUGGUGUUGAUGUAAUGGGAGAGAGAUUAGCAAAAGAGGUAAGGUUAGUUGUAAAACGGAGGCCAGCUCUUCAAAAGAUAUCCUUUGUAGGGCAUUCUCUUGGCGGCCUGGUAGCCAGAUAUGCUAUUGCUAGAUUAUAUGAAAGAAGUGUCAUCCAGGAUUGCUCUGAUGAGAAUGGGUCGUGUAAGGUUAAAAAACCUGAUGAAUCUUCAGAACAUAAACUCAAAGGAAAGAUUGCAGGGCUGGAGCCAGUAAAUUUCAUCACAUUUGCGACACCUCACCUUGGCUCUAGGUUCCACAAGCAGAUUCCCAUGCUUCGUGGUUUACAUGCAUUGGAAAAGAUGGUGUUUCACAUUUCCGGCAUUGCAGGGAGAUCAGGAAAACACCUCUUCCUCAAAGAUCAUGAUGAGGGAAAGCCCCCUCUUCUUCUCAGGAUGACCACAGACUCUGGAGAUCUAAAAUUCAUGUCUGCUUUAGGAUCAUUCCAUAGACGAGUUGCUUACUCAAAUGCUCGUUAUGAUUUUAUUGUGGGAUGGAAGACAUCAUCAAUCCGCCGGAAGCAUGAGCUUCCAAAGCCCAGCAAUUUCACAAAGGAUGCAAAAUAUCCUCAUGUUGUUUAUGUGGAAAAGCCAAAAAACACCAAUGUGGAACAAGAAGAUUUCAGGGAGGCAGUAAUUUAUGAUCCAAAAUCUGCCUCUGAAAUGGAAGAGCUGAUGAUCAAAGGUCUUAAUAGAGUCCCCUGGGAAAGGGUAGACGUGAGCUUCCGCAAAAGUAAACAACGUGUUUUUGCUCACAGUACUAUUCAGGUGAAGUCCAAGCUCUUAAACUCUGAUGGUGCUGAUGUAAUUUUUCACAUGAUCGAUAAUUUUCUCUUGUAAAUCUGAGCACACCCAAAAUUUUGAAGCAAUAAUUUCUCUGAUUACCGUUUCCUGGUUUCAUGAGGUAUAUUA